AUGUGUCGCGUACACUUAACAACGAACAAAUCCGACAAUCAACUUUAUUCAUUAAUUUUUCUUGUAUUUUUUUUAUUUUAAACAAAAUAAAUUUUUGGUGUAGGUAUUUCCUGUGUGUAUUUAACUACCUUUUCACCUUAAUUUUUUUGGAAAAAAUGUUAGUUAUUAAUUUUUUUAUGUGUAGGUACUUUUUAUGGUUUGUGUAUAUAACUAACUUUGUACUUUACAAUUUUCCAUGGUUUCCAGUUUUAAAAUUAAGAACACUUAGUGUGAACGAAAAAUAUAUUUUUCCGAAAAUAUGUAUAUUUACAUAUAUAGAUAUUUGCGAAAAAAUUUUAACUAAAUGAAUGUGAUCAUUAAAUUUUCAAAAUUAUUAAUAUCUAUCAACUAUCAAGUUUAUGGAAGGACACAACAUUAUAAAUAUAAACAUAUCUGUAAGGUAUUUGUAGUUGCUCACUCGUUGAUUAUCUUUUAAAAUGGAAGAUUGGCUAACGUCAUUAAAGUCCGCUUCAAGUCAGGAAUAUUUUGAACCUGCUAUUGACCAUCAUGAUAUACUCUCCAACUACCAUCAAUGGCAUUCAACAUCCCAUGCAAGACCAACAUACUGCAACGUUUGUCGUGAAGCAUUACCAGGAGUCACUUCGCAUGGACUGUCCUGUGAAGUAUGUAAAUGUAAAGUACACAAACGAUGUGCGGCUAAGGCAAUUGCCAAUUGCAAAUGGACGACACUAGCUACUGUUGGAAAGGAUAUUAUUGAAGAUGUAGAUGGAAGUAUCGUUAUGCCUCAUCAAUGGAUGGAAGGUAAUUUACCAGUUGCAUCAACAUGUCUUAAAUGCAAAAAGACCUGCGGGUCUGUCUUGCGUCUACAAGAUUGGCGCUGUCUGUGGUGUCGUGCUACAGUCCAUACGGCGUGUAGACCAGAAAUGUCAGUGGCAUGUCCAAUUGGGCCGGCAAAAGUAUCCGUUGUACCACCUACAAGCGUACACUCUAUAGGUGUUGAUGAGCCUUGGGAUGUUGUAAGUCCCAAAGGAAAUUUCUCACCUUUGUUGGUUUUUGUUAAUUCAAAAUCUGGAGAUAACCAAGGCGUCAAAUUUCUAAGAAGAUUUAAGCAAUUGCUGAAUCCCGCACAAGUUUUCGAUUUAAUUUCUACUGGACCAAGCCUGGGACUCAGAUUGUUUAGGCAUUUUGACAUUUUUCGAAUUCUUGUGUGUUCAGGUGAUGGUUCAGUAGGGUGGGUUCUAAGUGAAAUUGAUCGCUUUAACAUGCACAAACAAUGCCAAGUAGCAGUUCUUCCUCUUGGAACUGGCAACGACUUGGCACGCGUACUAGGUUGGGGUUCAUCUUGUGAUGAUGAUGCUCAUUUACCACAAAUUUUAGAGCGUUAUGAGUCUGCUAGUACAAAAAUGUUGGACCGUUGGAGUAUAAUGGUUUUCGAGAAGGCAAUAUCUGUGAAACCACCAAAAAUGUCACUAUCAAGUGCCCAACAAGCUCAAUUAACUGGACUAGUAACUUCAGCGAACGAAAACUUGCGAUCGAUUGUUGAGACCGAUGAUUUGACUGUUUUGGUAUCAUGUACGAAAAUUUUAUGCGAAACAACAGAAGAGCUUGUAGAUAAAAUUUGUGAAAAUCGAAAAGAGGACGACCAAUUGAUAAUUAAAUGUGAUAUACUUCGACAGAAGCUAAAUAUGCUAUUGGAUGCUCUAAAAAUUGAAGAGACCGGUGAACACUCUGGUGAUGAUUUGCGUGCUUCGAUCAGGAGCAUUAUAUCAAAGAGUUCUGCGGAAUACUUAGAUUGGAGCAUUUCCUUGGAAAAGACUGAAAAAGAUCACAUAAAUUCAAAAGAACGUAGACAUUCUCGAAAUCUACGUUUUACAGAGAAAGAAGCUCUUCAAUGUCGUGCAAAUAGUGUAAAGCGGGCAAUUUAUAACUUAGUUGAGCAUUCAGAACCAGGAAGGCCAAAGCGUUAUCAAAGAAAGCUUUCAAUCACCCCCUUCGAGGCAAUGAAACUAAAAACAUCAUCAAAUGACACUUCCCCUUCACUUCCAAUUCCUCCAAUAAACAUUAUUUGCCCAUCCCUUACUACGACUCAAUUAACGUGUUUAUCUCCACUGCCAUAUAACAGAAGGGACUCACUUGAUGAUAGUUUCUUUAAUACUAUGAGUUUACCAGUUCCAAGAGAAUUUGCAGACAGUCGUCGAAGUUCCGGUGUACCUGAAAGUAUACAGGAAGCUGAGGAAAACCCUUGCUGCCAAACUUUGCAAAUACAAACCACAGAAAAGUAUGACAGUUGCAGAUCAGAUCUUUUGAGUUCCACUCCGACAAAAGAUUUCUUGAGCUUACCCAGCCUUACUCCUGAAGCACUUAUCGAUCCACUUUCGGAUUACCACCUAAUAGAGGUUUUUGACAAAAAAAAUUAUAAAAGUCGGGAUGAAGCCGUAAAUCUAUUACCAAGUGGAGGAAAUGAUGAUUUAAAUAACUGCACCGGAAUCGAAUGUGAGCAAAGACAGAUUGAAGAUCAAUUAGUUACCCCUGCUAAAAGCAAUAGAACUCUUCAGGUUCCACAAGUAGUUUCUCCUAAAAUAGAUUCCAAUGUAUAUAUAGGUGAAAGCAUGACAAUCAUUGAUACCGAUGCCCAAGACCAAUCAUCAACAGAAGAACUGCCAGGAGAACCCAGUGAUAUUUUGUCGAUUAUUAGCAACGAAGAAUGUAGCUUGGCUUCAGAAAUCUUGGACAAAAACAUAGAUUCAUUACAACCUUUUCAGAUAGGUGACUUAUUGCAGAAUUUGGAUAUGGACAAUUUUACUCAUAUUGACUCUCCUGAAUCAAGUGAUGAGACUGAAGGAAUGCCCGCAGAAAGCAUUAUGGACGAUAUUAGUUCUGUUCUAGGAAACGACAUGAUGGCUGUUCUUCAGGACAGUACAAUAACAGAAGAUACAACGACACUAUACACAGAUUUAGUUCAACCAUCGAAUCAGAAGAUUUUGUCUAAUCGCCGAUCAUCAUCGCCACAUAAUGCGGCUUUUGUUGAUUGUUUUGAGAACAACCAACAGCAAUUUGGUUUUGAAAACAUAGUUUUCGAAAUCGACAAUCGUUGUGAUGAUCAGAAAAUACGUGAACCACCUCGGUACUGCAGCCUGGCACAAUUUGUAGAGGGAAAUGACAUUGCUCGCAAAAGUUUCAAGCGUCGAAAAUCACAGCCAGUAACUUCAAAAGCUUCAUCGUCAAGCAUUAUUGAACCCAACGCAGAUGAGUCCUUACCGUGUUCGAUUGAUAUUAGAGUUCAAAGAUCACAUUCAGAUCUAUCGGAUAAGGAAACAGUUAAACAAACUUCUUCACCAAAAAAACAAAUAAAAGUACCUGCUAGCAUUAAUCAAGAUAUAAGUGUGGUAGUUCGACCACCAACACCCUUGCGAGGGGACGAUGUUAAGCUAUCAACAAAUUUGCCUCCUGAUUUAAGACGACACUCUAGUCAUUCUCCAAGUUUAACUACACAGGAAUUCGAAAAGGAAAAGGAUAGACGCCAUUCUGGUUUCAAUCCAAAUUUCCUAAGCUUGGACCCUGAACAUAUGAAGUUUUUGAACAAUUCUCCAUCAGCAACUAGACGCAUUAGUUGUGGAAGUUUAUUUAAGCCAAAUGAAGUUAUGUCUAUGCCAACACUUAAAGGAUCGAAAGCAAACUUAUUGAUGGGAUCGUCUCCAUUUAGCUUUGAUCAUGGUGAAGGAAAAGAUAGGGAGGAUCAAAUUUCGAAGGAUAAAGAACCAAUAGAUGAUGCGAAUAAGAAACUUCCUAUCAUUAAUCCCUUAGUUCGUCUUCCCACAUGGCCAAACAUUACAGGUACCGGUUUUAUAUCAAAGUGUCUUCUUGCUAAUGCGGAUACUUUGUGUGCAGCUGUCAGUCCUUUGAUGGAUCCAGAUGAAACCCUUCUUGAAGGCUACCAUGAAAAAUGCGUUAUGAAUAAUUAUUUUGGCAUAGGGAUUGAUGCUAAAAUUUCACUUGACUUUCAUAACAAGAGAGAAGAACAUCCAGAGAAGUGUCGGUCAAGAGCAAGAAAUUAUAUGUGGUAUGGAGUAUUGGGUUCAAAACAGUUGUUACAAAAAACGUAUAAAAAUCUUGAACAACGCGUUCAACUAGAAUGCGAUGGACAGCGAAUUCCCUUGCCUUCACUGCAGGGAAUUGUUAUUCUGAAUAUUCCUAGUUUUAUGGGAGGCACAAAUUUUUGGGGUGGAACCAAGAAAGAUGAUAUUUUUCUUGCUCCAAGUUUUGAUGACCGCAUACUUGAAGUUGUUGCGGUUUUUGGAUCUGUUCAAAUGGCUGCAUCAAGGCUUAUUAAUUUGCAGCAUCACAGAAUUGCUCAGUGUCAGAGUGUCCAAAUAAAUAUUCUUGGCGACGAAGAAGUACCAAUUCAAGUUGAUGGAGAAGCGUGGCUUCAGCCACCUGGAAUGAUCAGAAUUCUACACAAAAAUAGAGUACAAAUGCUUGGUAGAAACCGUAACCUCGAGGUGUCAUUAAAGCAAUGGCAAGAAAAGCAGCGUCAGCAAAGCAUUUCGAUACAAAGAGAUCAAUCAUCAAUAGCUUUGGAACAAGGCUCCCCAAGUUCUGAAGAUGUUCUCUCGGAACGAGAGUGUUAUGUAUUAUUAAAUUUCAUUGAGGCUAUAAGUUCGCUCGUUAAAUGGGUUAAGUUUCUUAUUAUUUCGCAUCCAUCGCUGCAGAGGAAUCUGUACGAUGUUGCAUGCAGAACUGCAGAUGCCUUGGAAUCCAUUCAUCCAAAUGGUAAAUUAUUGGAAGGACCAACUCUUAGAAUGAAAUUAGUGGAAGUUAUUGAUUCUUCACGACAUUUAUACGAUGACACAUGUACCCUUCUUCGAGAACGUGGUCACAGUUUGAUAUUAAGAGAGGACUUGGAGUUCAAACUGAGUGCAGCUUUAGCUAACAUGGAAAUGGAGUUAAAGAAAUGUUCUGUUCUAAAAUGCGUCGAUGGUAAGAUUCGAGCAUAUUUCAACGCCGCGGCUCCUAAUGAAGACCUUGAUGCUCGCAAGAAAUCAAAACCAUUUUGGGUGCGGCUUCGCAGUGGAUCAACAGCUAACAGUCAAAUAUUCAAACCAACCGCUAAUACAAGAGCUGCAGUUUGUAAUUGGAGUGUUAAUGAGGUUGUAACUUGGUUGGAAGCAAUGCAAAUGUCGGAGUAUGCAGAUACAUUUGUUAAGAAUGACAUUCGCGGAAAAGAACUUCUUAGUUUAGUACGUCGAGAUCUAAAAGAUUUAGGCGUUGUUAAAGUUGGGCAUGUCAAACGUAUUUUACAAGCAAUAAGGGACAUUUCUGAAAAAUAGGCAAACAAUACCUCAUCAAUCUUCGUUUAUAAUUCCACAAUAAAAAAUUGGGAAAAUAUUUGAGAUUGGUCGAAUUCCCGCCCUCUACUUCCUGACAGAUGCAAUUAAAUUCAUGGGUUUUUAACAAAAUUUUCGGAUAACAAAUGUAACCAUCCAACAGUCGUCGCAAUCGAGAACUCUCGGAUACCAGGCUAUAAAUACAUACAAAAAUGUUUGUAUGUCACCGAACAGCACGAGAGCACGCGAAGAAUCGCAAAUUUAUAUUUGUUUUAUUUUAACCGAUAGCUAUCAACCCCAAUAAACAGAACAAUGAACAGAAUGCGAUGGACAGCUAAA